UGGCUGCCAGCCACACGAGGGGUGAGGGGAAGGGUGAGGAUGAGAGGGGAAGAGAGGUGUGUUUUGACCGAAAGUUCAACUUAGGUUAUAGUUGUUUUCACAUUUGUUGUUAAACAAGAGGGCUCUCUUCAGGCUUUAGUUCAAAUUGUCUUAAAAUGUUGUUCUACUCGUUCUUCAAGUCUUUAGUGGGGAAGGAUGUUGUCGUGGAACUUAAAAAUGACUUAAGCGUAUGCGGAACCCUACAUUCUGUUGACCAAUACUUAAAUAUCAAGCUAACUGAUAUCAGUGUUACUGACCCCGAUAAAUAUCCUCAUAUGCUGUCAGUAAAGAAUUGCUUCAUUCGCGGCUCAGUAGUCAGAUACGUUCAGUUACCUGCUGAUGAAGUGGAUACCCAGCUUUUACAAGAUGCUGCUCGGAAAGAGGCUGCAGUACCAACUCGAUAAGAAGAGACUACUCCCAUUCUUCCUUUGCUUUAUUUUUUUACCUGAAUGAAUUGUAAUCCCAUGUCAUCUGGAAUUAUCAGAUGGCAACAAUCCAAAACUAUUGAUGUUCAGUUAGACACGAAGCAGUGAUCUGUUCCUUUUGGUUCCUUUUCGUUUACUUGUAUUUCAUCAAGUGGUUAAAUAUUCCUAAUGAAAGUUAAAAGCACUAAAAACUACUUGUUGGUUAACAUAUAUGUGCUUUUCCUUCAUCUUAGCCUUAUCAUUUUUUUACUUUUCUGUAAAUUUCAUUCUGUGUACCUGUUUGACUGUAUUUUUGUUAUAAGCAACUUGUGUUGUGUCUGUCAUAGCACAGCUGUUCUGUCUUGUGUUUUGGGAGCUUAAAAACUCCCAUCAAAAAAUGUAGUGAGUUAUGUUUAGUUGAAAAGUGAACUAUUUGAUUAAUGACCACAGUUGUAUGAUUGAAAAAAACAAAAUCUGAAA